GCGCCCUCAAGAUUUACGUCUUUCUUGGCAGGACCUGAACACAGCAGUGUGCUCCUUGUGGCACAGAUCACUAGCAGACACCUGACACAUGGACCAACCAGCGGGAAAACUACAGCUUUGUGAGGACACAACAUUGUGACUCAUUACUUACAAAAUAUGCAAACAUUUCCUACUUUAAAUGUGCGGUAUGUUUAAGAGUCGCUUCACCACCGCACUGGCUCUUAUAUCCGUCGUUGUGGCUCCACUGCCGCUGGACUGUGCCACCAUAACAUGUCGGGAAUAUCAAGGAGGACAUGAACAUGAUGAUGUUGUGGGACGCUGCCCUGUGAAACUGACCCCAGCCAUGUCCAAGGAUUCUGAGGGGGGUAACUCUGGAUGUGUCAUUGUUCAUGUCUGGAUAAAGACUGAUGACCUCUGUAAUGCCUCGACAAUUGAAAUUCGUCGUUCAUCAUCUGAGGAAAUAAUCAGGCCUAUAAAAAAAGGGACAAAGUGCAAAAAAAGAAAACCACAUGGAGAAAAAGUCAAGUGUGGAAGUAGUGUCUCACAGCCACACAGCAAAGCCCAAUUUGAUCUGUGGGAACUGGUAUAUAAUUGUGUCCAAGAUUCAGCAAAUAGUGUUGUUACUGUGUCAUACAAAACAUCAUCAACCAGCUGCAGUGUCAGCUACACAAUACCAGAUCCCAUCCCAGACUUUGAUCUGUCUGUGAACCAGUCGUCUAAAUCCAUCUUGGUGACGGUGGAGCCUGGAGGCAAAGUCAAAGCUAGAUGGUGUUACCAACAAAAUGGAAAUUGUGUGGACUCGGCUUUCUCCAGCCCAAUCACUAUUGAUCCAUCUCAGUCUCGAUCAGGCCUUCUUAACUUCCCUUACCUGCUGCCUUGUGUGUGCGUGCAGGUCUUUUACACACAUACGGAUGCCCGGCGUCAUAAAAAGUGCCCAUUUCAAAAUAGCCACACAGAUGUCAGGGAUGUUUGGCUCUCCUCUGAGGUCUCACUGUACGAGUCAAGUUUGAAUUGGAGCUCCAAGUGUCCUGCCAGUGACCUGAACAUCUCUGCCUCCCUCUGCUGGAGGCAAAACGAAAAACUCUGCACUCCUGUGCUCAAUUCCACACUGGAGGAUAGGAAAGUUGGGCGAAACCUGAUAUACAACACAUCUGCAGUGGACAAACACCCUCAGAUGUGUGUGCAGUUGUCCCUACAAGGCAGUCAAGAAAUCUAUUGCCGCUUCGAGGCUGGUAUGUCUUCAUGGGAGGUGUAUAUGGGACCAGGCAGGCAGAGUGUGGUUUUGUUUAUCACCUCUUUAGCUCCUGCAAGCUUUUCAGCUCAACUCUGUGUCCUUAAUGAGAGGGAGUGUACACCAAUGGGGCAGGUCCACUCAGUGACAAUUGAAGCGAAUACAACUAAAACAAGGAUACAUGUGCCUCUUCUUUUCCUUGCUGAGAAGCCAUGUGUGCAGGUGUGGCAGUCACAUCCUGCUCUACUUGGAAGAAGAAUUCUGUGCCCGGACUACUCGCCUAACAGAUGUGGCAUGUAUGCUGUGGCAGCUUUGGUAUCUGUGGUUAUUGUUGCUUUACUGGGAAUGUUUAUCCACCGUCUCAACAAGAGUGGAGCAGCAGGUUGGCUGUGUAUUCGGGAACCAGUGUUACUUGUGUGCUCAUCAGAGCAGUCGGCCCACGUCUCUGCUGUGUGUGCGUUAGCCUCAAUCCUGCAGGGGGAGCUAAGUGCCUCUGUGCACAUGGCUUUGUGGGCCCAAAGCUCACAAACGAAAAACGGGACUGAGCCUGGGACUGGAGUGGCUGAUCUGGGUCCCCUUCCCUGGCUGUACGGGCAGUGGGAAGCCAUGCGGGAGGCUCAAGGAAAAGUGCUGAUUAUUUGGAGUCCUGAAGCCACGGAGACCUAUGAGAAGUGGAGGGAGGAGAGGGCAAACAUGCAAAGAAGUAAAAGAAACAUGAGAGAGGAAGUGGAAGAAGUAAGUGGAGGAAGACUGGGAAAAUGCAAAAGAGAGAAAGCUGCAGUUAAAAAAGAGUGUGAUGAUAAAGACUGGUACACACAGACUGAGCCCUCCACAGUGAUCGCACCAGUAUUUGUGGCUGCUCUGGCCUGCCUAGAGGGGGCGCUGCAGGAGUGCAAAAGUCAAGGAGUGGCCCUUGUCUACUUCCAGGGCCUCUGCCACAGCAGGGACAUCCCAAAGGCCUUCAGAGGUGUCCCUCGGUUCUGCUUACCCCAGGAUUUCAGGGGCUUUGUACAGGAGCUGGGGGGGAUGAAAAGACAGAAGAGAACUGGAACAUUGAGGUGGAACUGCUUGCACAGACUCCUGGCUAAAGUGCAGUCAGUAUGGCUCGCACGGCAGCUAGCAAAAAGACUAGAGACACUGCUGCCUCAGACGCAAGGAAAGAAAACGCAAGGGCCGAGUGACACGUCAUCACUCAAAAUCAUUUCAGAUAAGACCCAGAGCAGGCUCAAGUUGCCACUUGCAGCCAACAUGGCAAGGUCAGGAACUGUACAAGAGCACGAGCCUCUCCGCGUGUUGCCAUGGUGAGCAGAGAAACUUUAAUCUCAGGUUUCACAUGUCUGAUGUGGACAGACUCCUGUUCUGCUGGAAACAUGAUAGGUAUACAUGAGACACAGAGGACUGGUGUUGCACUGCCAGUGCCAAUCAUUCAAACAUUUAUUAUUUGACUUUCUUUUUACUUGACUUUACUAAAUGCGACCUGCCCACCUAUCAUUUUGUAUAUUAAGAUGAGGUAAAUACUCCGUCCUGUCUCCUGCAUUGUGCCUCUAACAGACGCUCUUUAUGCUUCUUUAGUCAACACCUGUCCUAUCUACUCUAUGUAAAUAUGCUUACCAGUAAGAAAAUAUUUGCAAAAUAUACCUCACUUACAAAUGCACAAUACAGGAACUAACACAUUUGCAUAGGUUUCUGAGCCAAAGCGGUCACAGUUGGAAAGAGUGCAACAGGUGGAAACAUUUAGGGUAUCUACUGAAGUGUGCUCCAAUAUUUGUUAGUUAAUUAAGUUGUCAUGUACCACAGGUAUUGCUGUUAGUAUAGUAGAGACCUAUUAUUAAAUAUGUGCACAGAAAUUACAUUCUAAAAACAAACUCUGAAUCCGUCAAUGUUUUCUUUGUUUUUUCAUGUAGGCAUACAGCACUUCUCUAUUCAGCAAACACUUCGACUCCACUUGCAGAAGUACUAGUUCAACACUGUUUGCAUUGGAACAUUAUGUCUGGUAGAUAAUACAAAUGCUAUUUAUAUAUAUAUGAAAGAAAUGACUUUUGCCAAAAAAUAACUGAUAAAAGUGCUUUUGUAUUACAGAAAUGAGUUUUUUCAGCAUUCAGUGUCUCUUUUCGUAAAGGUUCCUGUUUUUUCUUGAUCCACUGAACAAAAAAUUGCCAAACUGCGGUAUUCUGAUGCUGACACAUCUCCUUGACAGGAUAACUGAGGAAGUUAAUUGUUAUUUUCAGAAAAAUCAACUCUAGAAAAAACCUACUACUGUCAAAACAAGUUCAACACAGCUUAGGGUUCACGUCAGGCGAGUCAUUUGAUCUGAUGUGGAUACUGAACCAACUUGUCUUAACUUCAAUUCGGCUAAAAAGUGUACAUCACACAAAGUAACAAAGCUGGGUUAAGUUGCACAAAAAUAACCAUACAGUAAUAGAAGAAAGAAUAACUAUUUUAGAGUAACAAAUGUUAUUUAAAGUAUAUAUGAUUGGAUCACUCCAACUGGCGAUAGCUCUCGGACAUAAAAUCAACAGCUGAACCGCAGCCUUGUAAAAUGUGUACCUUUUGGCUUAUGGCCAUCUCGUUAUCAGCCAAAUGCAUUUACAAGAUGCAAAAUGGCUUUGCCUUUUAUUGUUGCUGAGCUACUGGACACAGGUGGUAGAGCUCCAUAUCGUACAGCAGAUAAGAAGAAAUAGAAAUUAAAAUCUACAACAGUGGACAACUGACGUAUUCACUUUGAUACAGAUUAAGGAUUAAACGUUAGCACUCAAACACAGACAAUGUGGAUUGACUGUUGUUGACUAUUUGUACAGUAUGGGGAACCAUUUCACCUCCUACCAAUCUAUCGCUGUAGGAGUUUCGGUUAGAUGCUUAAAGAUAACUGGAAUAAAUAAAUGAAUAACGUUUUAUGAUGGUCCUGUGAACAGACCGUUGCCCUUUUGACUGUUGCCGUUGUUGUUGGUGAAAAUUUGAACUUUUCUGAUAUGGUUAUUUCAAAAACAACACAUCCUCAAUAAAUCUUCAGAUUGGCCUUUGGCUUUA